CACCUGAACCCGAAAUGACUCAAGAUCAAGUUCCAGUGGUUGAACCAGAACAAUCUAAUUUGGUUAAUGAGAAUACCGAUAAUAAUUAUGAUGAUUUAAUUGAAUUUACUGAUUUCAUUGAUAUUGAUAAUUUAAGUUUUUCAACUUCACCUCAACAAUUAUUAUCUACUAGAUCUCCUAGAGCAAGCUUACCACCUUCACCAAUAAAGAAACCUGAAUUCAUUGUUAUAACAACUGAUGAUGAUGUUUCGCCUUCACCUGAACCUGUCAAAGCUCAACCAGAAGUACCUCAAGUACCACAAUUUUCAAUUCCAACUUCAUCGGCUGUUCCCCCACCACCACAACAACAUCAACAUCAACAGCCACAACAACAGUUGAAUGUGGUUACAAAUUCUGAAACUAUUCAAAAACCAGAAUUAUCAAUUGUUACUCCUCCCGUGAGUCAAGAAACUCGUGAUGAUGAGAUUGUACAUGAUGAAAAGGUUAUAAUUUCACUCUCAUCUUCACCUGAAGAAAUCACCAAAGAACAAUUCCAACAACAACAACAAGAACAACAAACUACAGCUCAAGGGAAACGUGAUUCAUAUUACAGUAAUAGUCCAUUGACUCCAAACUUGGUUCAAAUUAAUGAAAAUAGAUACCCUCAAUCACCAGAAUCAAUUACAAGUCCAGUUGAAAAACAAUCUCCAAUCUUAGAAAAAGCAUUAGAACAUAACAGACCAAUAGUUGAUUCUAAUGGUAAAGAUAUUUUCACCAACCGUCCAAUUUCAAUGUCAUUUAAUGGGUUGAAAGGACCUAUUUUUGGAGGUAAAUUAGCCCCUCAUGAUCUUAGAGUAAGUGAAUCUCAUCAAUCAUUUAGUAUUUCAUUUGAUGAUGAUUCAAGUAAUAGUGGUGGUGUUGGUGGUGGAUUUGGUACUGAUUCUACUGAUGAAGAAGAAGGUGAUGAUUUUAGUAAUUUAGAAAAUGAUGGUAUUAAUGCUAAUGAUAUUGGAUCUGAAUAUCAUCGUGAGAUUAAUAAAGAAAACAAUGUUCAAUUGAAUUCUCAACCAAAAUCAUUACCUAAUAUUCCUAAGAUUUCAAAAAGAUUUGGUACUGAAUCUAAUAAAGAUAAUUAUUAUGCUCCAAGUAAUUUCCAACCACCACCAAAAGCAUUUAGUCAUAAUAAGAUCCCUUCAAUUUCUGAUUCAUCAUCAGUAAAUUCAUCACCUAGAUCUUUGGGUUCAAUAAUAAGUAGAAAAUGGGGUAAAAAACCAAGUCAAAGUCAAAAUAAUAGUCCAUUACAAUAUCAAAGUCCAAGAUUCAUGACUAAAACUAAUGGAGUUAGAUUUAGUUCAAGAAUUAUCCUUUAUGAUACUUAUAAUGGAGAAGAGUAUGAUAGACAUCCUGAUACUGCUACUUGUAAUCAAUUAACUCCAUUAUUGGCCCAACAGAUUAAAGAAGAAUUGAACGCGUUUAAGAGUCUGAUGGAUAUUCAUAUUGAAUCAAGAGAAAACACCCACUUUUUUUAAAUUGGCUUUAUAAAAAUCCACUUUUUAAUUCAUCAUUUCACAAGAUUAUUCUUGUUCAUUUUUUAUUUAUUAAUUAUCAAUAGCUUUAAUUGAUUGACAUUCGUAUAGUUUAGUAAUUUAAUAAUAUCUGCAU